GUCGUCAAUGCCAAAAUUGUUUCCACCCUUCGAAAGAGAUGUGACAGGUAGAGCCUUAUGCUACAAGAGUUUUCACUUACGCUCGCUCUCGCUUUCUUCGGGCUCUCUUUCUCAACGUCCGAAAGCUUAAGGGCAAUAUCCUCUACGGACUAAAACUGCUUCGUAAGCGAACUUAGUUCGAAUUUGGGAAAGUCGACUGAAGAUCAGUACAAUGUAUGGAAGAGUAAAGAGCAUGGUGUUGUGGCUCAACAUGUAUAUAAGAAAGAGAAUGCUGCACCAGAUCGCUCUUCCAUCUCUACUUCACUCAUCGAUACAGAACACACUUCAAUAGGCAUCGGCAUAUACUUCUUACGCCUUCGAGCAACUCAAACACAAACGAAAUGGCAGCUCAAGCAUCUCUCACAAGUCGCCUUGAUGGCAAGGUGGCUCUGAUCACUGGAUCAAGCCGUGGUAUGGGCCGGCAACACGCUCUCGAGUUUGCCAGUCGUGGCGCAGACAUCGUCAUCAACUACUCCUCUAGUCCUGCUCCCGCUGAGGCCACUGUCAAGAAACUCACGGAUAUGGGUCGUCAGGCUAUUGCUAUCAAAGCUGACAUGUCGAAGCCAGCUGAGAUUGCCGAACUUUUCGCAAAGGCUUAUGAGCAUUUCAAACACAUUGACAUCGUCGUUUCCAACUCUGGCGUCGAGUCCUUCGGCCACAUUUCCGAGAUCAAGCCCGAGGAGAUCGAUCGUGUGUUAAGCAUCAACACCAAAGGCCAACUGUUGGUCGCCCAGCAAGCAUACAAGUAUCUCACUCCAGGUGGGAGAUUGGUUAUGCUUUCUUCCAUUUCGGCUCAAGCCAAGGGUAUCAAGAACCACUCUUUGUAUUCUGGAUCGAAGGGCGCAAUCGAGGCUUUCGUUCGAUGCUUGGCGCUUGAUUUUGGUGACAAGAAGAUCACGGUCAUCGCUCUUGCUCCUGGGGGAGUCAAGACGGAUAUGUACGUUGAAGCAGCCAGGCUUUAUGUUCCUGGUUCAGAGGAUUGGAGUGAUGAGAAGUUGGAGCAAACCUUGGCUGAAUGGACUCCCUUGGGUAGAGUUGGAGUACCGGAGGACAUCAGUCGUGUUUGUGCUAUCGCUGGAGGAGCCAAUGCUUGAGAAGCUUGAAGGGAAGAGGA